CUUAGACAAGAAAAUGGCUAACAGCUAAAAACAGUCAAAAUGUUUAAUUAAGAAAAGAAGCGAAACAAAACUUUGUGCUAACAAAUAUCCAAUUGGAAAACAAACGAAAAAAUGUUACGAAGUUUACAGAGAAACUGGUUCGCUCUUGCCAUGGCCCUAGGGGUCAUCAUAUUGCUGGGGCAACAGUUCUUCCUGUCCAGAAAGUCUAUGUCCCCUCGGCGUAGUAUUCAGCAGGUGUAUGACUCCCAGGUAAUAGAGGUCACGCCGACAGACAAUAAAACCUUUGUACUGAGGGAAUUUAAAAAGUGGAUUGUGGUGGAUGCGCUGACCACACCAUGUCAUGACGUUGCAGGCUUCAUGCAAAAUGACCAGUGGGCAGUGGUAGUAGUAACGGAAUCUCCCGUUGAUCUUCAAACUUGCAACUCACCUGGAUGUAUACAGUUGACCUGGGAGAUGUGUAAGCGUGACCUGGGUCGUCUCGAAACUGUGCAGGCUUUAACUCAGCCGUCCAUUUUGUGUGGGUACCUGCUGGCCAUGGUAAACGGCGCCAAAGUGAUUGCAGACGCAUCGUGUGACGUACCCAUCCGGGACAUGGAGAAUACGUUCGAAGUCUCCGAAGACAAGUCAUCUGGUCUGUGGUAUAACACGACCUCAGCCUUCAAUCCUUUUGAGCACUGGGGACUCACCAACACGUACCCACACGAGUAUCAGCUCUUAAACAUGAGCGCGCCUUCCGUUAAUUCACAUGUUAUGUAUGUCAGUGAUCUGUCUAGCAUGACAAUAAAACAAGGCGUGGCUAUCUCCAAGAAAACUUGCGUUACAAAUCUGUAUAAUCCUGAAAAAAGCUCCUUGAUGCCAGUCAACUCACCAGUGGCUAUCGGGGCUAACACUCUGGUGUCUCUCCAGACUGGGCCGACCAUCUUCACCUACGCCUCGUUUCCGUCCAUGCUUCUUCCGCGAAGUGAGACACGUGAUCAGAUGCUAUUCCGAACACUGUUAAUACACGUCUUGAAGAAAAUGAAAGUAGUUAACUUCGCUUAUUAUAAAGUUGAUCCGAUGACGCCAUCAAAAUGUGAUGUGCACGAAAGCGCUGGGGAUAAAGAUCAAAGUUUUGUACUGCAGUGUGUAAACUCGAUAGAAUGCGAUGCCAAUGUUUGGGACGAAACUUGUCUCAGAAAUACAGUUUUGGGUGUUCUCGAGUGUCUAAACCUUGGAAGUGAAGCCUGGCUGUUAAACGCCUGGAUGACGGACUUAGACUUCAUCGGUUUCAAAGGAAGUUAUGAUAAAGCUGCUGAACCAACCCAGAAUGUGUUUGGCAUAAGCUACAAUUUUAACAAGGAGUUUAUGAUGAUGCAGAACAACUCAGAGUUGGCAAGAGUGGAGCAGCAUAUUACAAAGAACUUCUCAAGGAUUUGCUCCUCACCACUGAAGCAGAGUAUGUGGGAGCCGGUGAUAACGGACAUUUUGUUAGUGGUCAUCAUCAACUACGAGACCUUGUACAGCACCAUCCCUUACAUGGAGUACGUGCACCGGCGAUACUUUAAAUACAUCAUGUACUGCGGCCCGUCACUGGACUCGUUCGUCAAGUAUUCAGACCAGGCCGACCUAGGUCACGUGACGUUCGUGUCCGGGAUGACUCGCAGCUGGCUAUUUAUGUACGAAUGCGUGACCCACGCCAUGAAGCUUCGGCUUCCGGUUAAAGGCUACAUGCAAAUGGGUGAGGACGUCCUGGUGAACACUUGGCUACUGGCCUCGCUACCUAAAGACCAGAUCUGGAUACCAGGUGGAUUUACCAAACGGGAUAUGUACAAAAUUAACAAGCUAGAGAAAUGGUACCAUUGGAACUCGCCUGUGGGUCAGAGAGGCGUAAUAAAUGCCUUCGCCACACUUACCAAUAGUUCUGUCUCAAUACCAGACGACACAUCUCGUGCGUUCGCUUUGAAAUCUCACUACUUCGCUAAACGUUUCCUGUCCAACUACAAAUCUAACCUUGGAGUAAACUAUAUUAUUCAUCGAGCCACAGACCUUUUUUAUAUACCGGAUGUGCUUCGUGACGAUUACAUCAUGGCGUCGGAGCUCUUCCGGCGGCACGAAACCAUGAUAGAGAUCGCACUUCCGGUCAUACACUACGGCCUUUCGAAUAGGAAAAACGUCACAUACCUGAAAGGCGCCAGCCUCUGGGCGCAGGAUCGUCUGAGGCCCUGGACAUACUACCAUGACACUGGCAUACAUUUUGUACAUCCGGUCAAGCUGAAGAUGGUUACAAACAGUACUGAAGGGAAAGAUUUUAUAUGCGAAACUUACUUAUCUAAAUAUGUCAAAGAAUCCGAUGUCUUGAGACUGAAACUUUAGAGUCGUUUGUUCUACACAAUGGUAGAAACUUUGAACUUUAUUUCAAUGAACAUGAAAUCAUUGAAAUCCGAGAAGCUGUAAACAUGUCAACAUGUGUCUUCUUUUAUUAUUGACUUCUUCUCGAUUUAUCCAUAAAAUGUUAUACACAGUUAUGGCAAAAGAGAAGACUUAAAAGUAAAGUAGCAAUUAUACAUGAAACACUGAACCAUAAUCUUCAAAUACAAAAACAUAACCUAAUAAAAUACUCAGAAAGACACAAAAGAUAAAAGCACAUUGCUCGUCCCAUAUGCUAGGACGAAUUUGUACAAAUGCUUCUUCUUCCCUAGUGCUAUUAGAGCAUAGAAUGGGUUGCUUGAGUCAGCAGAAAAAAAAACAGUGACUUGGCAGAAUUUAAGUCAUUAAUUAACAUAUUAUGACUCGAUCGACUUAGGAACAAGCGUAGGAUGCAAUCCUCUUAAGUUUAAACGUCUCUAUUUUAUAAGAUAAGAUAAGAGAGCAAAUAUAACAAUAGCAGGCAUAUUUUGGUACAUUUGGUGUCUUGAAACGGAAGUAUUGAUAAGCGAAGUAUUUUAAGACACAUCGUGUAAUAGUUGUUUUUUUUCUGCCCUUUUCAGCACUGUAAAAUCACAUUUCUAAAUUCUUCUGUUUGUAGCAUAAAGUUGUUUUUAUGUUUUAUUUGACACCUGUGAUCUUUCAGUCCUUCGAUGGCAACCUUGACCUUGUUUUAUUGUGUCCAUUUAUUUCAGAAGCUCUUACAAUACUCAUCUUCAUUCUUUUUCAUACUCUUUGGUUUAAGCGCCAUUAUAUCUCCACCGCAUUGCGUCUUAUCUUCUUUUUUUUUCUUCCACUGAAUGUUUGUGUACAAAUCUCCGAUUAAUUUUUACUUUCUAUUAAUAUGAAUUUUUUCAGGAUAUUUCUUGUUUAUUUAUACUUUUAUAUCAGCGCAUAAGUUUUAUUGUUCCUGAAAUUUUUACAUUGCCUUUUUGAUUGCAGGUCUGUAAAUACUGUACACCUGUAUGGUCAUAAGCCAGUUUUUGGUGUAUACCUGGUGAUUCUAUAUCUGUGUGGUUCUGUAUAUGUAUGUAUUGUUUGAAUGUAUUUGUAUUAUAAGCUAAUUGUUACUAUAGUGGGAAGGAUGUAGUGGCCGAGUUGUAAAGCCUCUGGCUUACGAAAGGAGAGAUCUCGAGUUUCAAUCUCUAAGAAGGAUAGAAAGACGCUCUAAAGUCCAACCAAUUCAAAUAGGUACCUGACCUACGCUAGGGAAGUAGAUGCAAAUAGUCGUUGUGCUGGCCACUCGACACUCUUGUUAACCGUCGGGCAUGGAGAUUGCAUCAUCUGCCCCAGAGCAUUACAUCAUCUGCCCUCAAAACUUUAUAUCUGCCCCUCGUUAAACGCUUGGUCUGAAAGGGCACUUUUUUGUUUGUUUCUAUGCUGUGAGUAUGAUUUCGAAUGAUCUGAAAUGUCACUAUAGUUCUUACAAUUUUGUCAUCAUCAAAAUGUUUUCAGAUGUAAAUCUAUUUGUUGAUUAAAUUCUAAAUGCUUUA